GCUCCCCAAUUUUUUUCCCCACUGUUUAUGUACUCCCUACAAUAUUAAAAAAAAAAAUAAAAAAGCGCAAAAAAAAGAAGAGCAAUAGUAAGCAUUUUCUUUACGCCCUUUCAUUUCGAGCUCUUUCCACUUCGCCUAGUUGGAGGUUAUUCCCCCGCAUCAUUUGCAGCAUUACAGCAAAAAAUAGCUUUGCCCGUUUGCCGCUUUGCCCGCUCACCCUUUUGUGUAUAAAGCCAUUCACAGCAAGUGGAGCAAUACCAGCGCGCCGAUUAGCCGUUUGCUGCCCCCCCCAAAUUUGGAACGCCCCUUCUGCGCAACCUGAGCCAAGAUGGGUGACCUGCUGAGGAGCAAAGCCGACUUAGGCGACUGCCGCUUUUAUGAGAAGAAGUUUCCCGAAGUUGACGACUUGAUCAUGGUCAAGGUUAACCGGAUUGAAGAUAUGGGCGCCUACGUCUCCAUCCUGGAGUAUAACGACAUGGAGGGAAUGAUCCUCAUGUCCGAACUGUCAAAGAGACGAUUCCGAAGUGUGAACAAGCUAAUUCGAGUGGGAAGGCACGAAGUAGUUUUAGUCCUGAGAGUGGAUAGCCAAAAGGGCUACAUCGAUUUAUCCAAAAGGAGGGUAUCGCCAAAAGAUAUCAUGAAAUGUGAAGAACAUUUUUCCAAGUCGAAAAAAGUACACCAAACUGUCAGGCACGUUGCACAGAAGCAUAAUAUGACCGUCGAGGAAUUGAACAGGAUAGCCAUUUGGCCACUCUACAAGAAGUAUGGACACGCCCUGGAUGCUUUAAAAGAAGCAACUAUCAACCCGGAAGCGGUCUUUAAAGGCAUAGAACUAAAUGAAGAUGUGAAAAAUUCCCUGCUGGCUGAUAUUCAACUUAGGCUAGCCGCACAAGCGCUAAAAUUGAGAGGAAGAAUUGAUGUGUGGUGCUUCAGCUACGAAGGAAUUGAUGCCGUUAAAGAAGCUUUAAAAAAAGGGAAGGAAGUUUCGAACGAUGAAGUGUCCAUCAACAUUAAGCUAAUUGCCCCACCACAAUACGUCAUCGUUACGUCCUGUCAGGAUAAAGAUCUCGGGAUGUCCAAAAUUCAAGAGGCCAUGAAACUGAUUAGCGAUAAGAUUAAGGAAUACAAAGGGGGGGAUUUUAAACAGCAAGGAGAAAUUUUGGUCAUAGGAGGAGAUGACGAAAAACGAUUGGAAGAACUGCUGGACAAACAGGAUGACCUCUCCAGUGACAAUGAAUAUAACAGCAGUGAAGAUGACGAUGAGAACUCCAGCGAUGAUGAGGAAAAUUCGAGCGAGAUAGAAGAGGAAGAAGAUUAA